UCCAGAGAUUGUUUCUGAAAUCAAACAGCUCUGAAACUCAGACACUCAGGAACGUCACCAACCUAUAAAAGGAAGGGCAGCAGCAAAAGUCUGCACAAAGCAAUCGGGCACAGCUCACAGACACACAGAGAGAGAGAGAGAGAGAGAAAGCAAAGCAAAAGCAAAGCCAAAGCAACAAGCAACACGCCGGCACAGACAGCAAAAAAAAAAGAGCCACCGACAGCUCCCAGCAGUCAGCUUUGGAGCGAGAAACGGACGAGAAGUUGCCAAACCCAUUGACUGUGGAGUGACACUGACUCGAGCCUCGCGUGUGUUACUCCAGAUCAGCCCCGACAAGUCCGGCGCAGGUCUUCGGUUCCAAAUCCUUCCCCCGAUUUGAUAACUCACCGACUUUCGGGAUGCACUGCGUUGUGGUGGUGGUCGCUGCCCUCCUUAUCUGCGGGUGCCUCGCUAAGGCGAUGUCCACCUGCCCGUCGGAAUGUGAGUGCCCACAGGAGUUCCCCAGGUGCUCACCCGGCGUCAGUCUGGUUCUGGAUGGCUGCGGAUGCUGCAAAGUCUGCGCUAAACAGCUCAACGAAGACUGCAGUAAAACGCAGCCGUGCGAUCACACCAAGGGUCUCGAAUGCAACUUCGGCGCCAGCCCCAGUGCUCUUCAGGGGAUCUGCAGAGCAAGAGCCGAAGGAAGGCCAUGUGAAUACAACAGCAAGAUUUAUCAAAAUGGGGAGAUUUUUCAGCCAAACUGCAAACAUCAGUGCACUUGCAUCGAUGGAGCUGUGGGCUGUAUCCCCCUUUGUCCUCAAGAGCUAUCUCUGCCUAACCUGGGCUGCCCGAACCCACGACUCAUCAAAGUGCUUGGGAAAUGCUGCGAGGAAUGGGUUUGCGAUGGAAGCAAAGCCACGGCAGAUUCAAGGGAAGCAGAACACAUCUUCAGCCAAGAAACCAUUGUGAACCCAUCGCCAAACGAACCAGUCUCCAACAACGAACUGCUCUCGCUACUGAAAGGAACGUUUAAAGGGUUGGCUGCUUGGAGACCCAAAUGUCUAGUUCAGACAACUGAUUGGUCCCAAUGUUCCAAGACAUGUGGAAUGGGAAUCUCUUCAAGAGUCACCAAUGACAACCCUGAAUGUAAACUUGGAAAAGAGACGAGAAUCUGUGACAUCCGACCUUGUAACCAGCCAACCUAUACGAAUAUAAAAAAAGGAAAAAAAUGCUACAGAACGAGAAAGACAAGCACGGCAGUACACUUUACCUACGCAGGUUGUUCCAGCGUGAAGAAGUAUCGUUCCAAGUACUGCGGUUCCUGCAUUGAUGGACGUUGCUGCACUCCUCAACAAAGCAGAACUGUCCGGGUUCGCUUCCGUUGUGAUGAUGGAGAGACCUUCAUCAAGAACAUGAUGAUGAUUCAGUCCUGUAGAUGCCAUUACAACUGCCCUGACCACAAUGAUGCCUCCAAUCCUUAUGUCAUUCUUCAUAACGACAUUCACAAGUUUCUUGAUUGACAUUUUUGGGAGAGAAGAGCCAAUUUGGCAAGAUGAGUAGAAAGGGACUUGAGCAAAGGGGCAUCAAUGAAGCCCCAUGGGGAGCACUUAUUCUUCUCUUAAGAGAGACUGAUACUUGGACUGGUUAUUCAAAUAACUAGCACAGAUCCUAACUACAUGACAACGUUUUGCACUUGUUCCAGCUUUUCUCAAAAUGUUCCCAGCAUUUCUGACAUUUGAUCAAACCGUAUCAGUUACACAGUAACAUUAGGAUCAAUCAAUGUUUUGAGAAGAUUGGAAUUUUUGAAGGGCUGUUGUGUAGAUUCUGUUUUACAUCGUGCGUAGAACAAAAGGGACUGGUUCAGUACUGUAAUUAUACUGUAGCUAUGCUAUGUGCACUGUGCAGCAUCGCCCAUGUGGCGGCUGAGGCUGUGAGGAUGAACCCAUGAGGAUGAACCCUUACGGUUAAUUGAAAGCUUCAUUUUAUUGGAGCGAGGAAAUGAGCUUCAUUUUGGAGCAUAUAUUUUCCGAAAUACUUUUGUUCUAUUUGUGACAGCUAUGUAUAUUUGUAUUAUAUAAUGUUUUAGCAUUUGUUGUAUCGUAGCAGUCAAUGUAUUGCUUAUUAAGUGCUUGUGUAAUAACAUGUUCAGAAGUCGUUGGUAAGGUGCGCUAUGGAGAAUGUUUUGGUUUGUUUAUACAACCGACACUCAUGGUCACAUUUAUCGCCUGAGGUGAGCUAUUUAGCUCACAUUACAUGGCAGCUAAUAACCAACUCUGUUAAAGCUAUAGCUGUCUAUAAUGCAUAGCACAGCAAAAAGAACCAGUUAUGUUAAAUCCUGCAAUGUAUCUGUGGAAUGUUGCAGUAUUUAUCAAAAAAAANUUGUCAUAUACUGGAAUGAAAUGUACAUAGUUCUAAUUUUUUUAAAGAGAAAAAUAAACUGAAUUUAUUUAUGGAA